AUGAGUGCUUAUAAAGCACGUUCUGCGGCCAUCAACAAAUGUUUGGUCGAAGUACAAAACCAGGUUGAGCAUUACCGGCAUAUUAAGGACGAAAAUCCAGACGACAUCGGUCUACUUAAGAAGCUAAAAAACGAACAGUAUAAAUUACGACUAAUGCAGAAUGAGGUGAACGUAGAAGAAGUGCUGAAAGACCGAAGCCUGAAGGUAUUUAAAAAAUUGAUUUAUACGUUUCUGUCUAUCAUGUUUGGCGUUUCAGGUGUUCUACGAACGUUGUAG